AUGUUCAACAACACCAUAUCGCUCACGCCACAAGAUCUGACGACUGCCAUGCACGAUCUCUGGAACGUCUUCCUCAUCGCACUUUUCCUGCUGGCCAGCUUCAUUCCCGCGGUAAUCAUCACAAUCACGACCGCAAGUUUGACCGGUCUGCUUCUUCAUUUGGAACGCAGGGAUCUUGGAGAACUAGCAUGCGACUGGACGCUCCUCACAGGACUUUUCGGACACUUGUUCGCCAUCGCCAUCUCACACCUUUACUAUGUCAACAGCGAUCCGUAUCCUGGCUGGCCGAUGAUGAUGCUUUGGAUCUAUUUUGGUGAGAUUUUGUUUAAUGGGGCUCCUGUUGUGGUGGUUGCGAUUGGUGCGGGUAUCAAAGCUAUGGUGGGCUGUGUGUGGAGGAGAGGAGUUAAGGGGUGUGGUAUGGAGAGGGGAGAGAGUGCUAGUACUGGAGUCGAGGAGACUGAGAAGUCGCCGUUGCUGGGAUGA